AAUGCUCUUGUCAUUUUAUUUCGAUUAAAUUCAUCACAUUAUUUGGAAGUCAGUUUGGAAUUAUACAAUCUAUGGAAUUAUUGGUGUUUGUCUAAAAUUUUGAGUGUUGUCUAUAUCCAGAGUCAGAGUCAUAAAUAUUGCUCUCUACGUAUAUACGUAUAUGCGUAUGUGUAUGUACGUCGCGACGUCUCAAAGACAACUCUUCGGCGCCUUUGGAGCGUAUCUUUCAAUUGAAUGAGUGAAUGAGUGACCGAACAGAAGGAAGGAAAAGAAAACUAGUGAUUGUGGAUGAACUAAAGUCGAUGCAGCGUCAGGUCGAGAUGCUAAAUGUGCAAGGACACUUCAUACCCCAUUAUGUGGUGCCAAUUGUUGGCGAUGGCGGCUGCCUAUUUGCGGCAUUAUCAUUUUUGAUAUUUCGCACCCAGCAAAUGGCACGCAAGGUGCGAACAGAGAUUGCCACCUAUGUGGUUAACAAUUGGCCGACAUUCAGCAUUUUGUCGCAUGAUGCAAUGGGCGAUAAUUAUAUAAAUGAGACGUAUUAUUGGUCCGAUAUGUCACAGCCAUAUACCUAUGGUGGCCUCUGUGAAUUGGUGGCCGCCGGACAAAUCUAUCCCUUCUUCUUUGAGGUCUAUCGUGAUGGUCAACUUUUUACACAUGCCGGCAAACCGACCUUUCCUGUCCGUCGUUUGAAAUUCUCCCAUGAUCUAUCGUCUGGUCAUUUCGAUGCCUAUGAAGUGGAGACCUCAACUCCACAACUCCAGUCGGAGCAAACAGAAGGCUAGUCUGAUGGCUAGACUCAACAUCAAGGGAGAUAUGGAGUGAGAGUGAGAGCAGCAGCAACCAGAAGAUUGUGGCAUGGCGACGAGGGGGUGGGGGAGGAGGGGGUAUUUGAUAAAACAUCCAUCAUUGAUUGCCGAAUUUCUCUUACAA